AUGGCGGUUAGGAUGGCUUAUUUUCCGCGCAGCAAAGCCGAAAAGCCCAACAGGAUCACCAAGGCCACACUGCCCGCCAGGCCAGUCGAGAGAGGGCCCGUCUUUGACGUUGAAAACUCACAGACACCACUUUCCUCUUUUGACGAGCAUCUCCAUGGUCGGGUCUAUGCUGGUCCCUCGGAGACAGGUGAGGCUAUUCAGCCAGAGGCGCCCGCUCAUUUCGACAACAAAUACUUGUAUCCCUCCUUGGCCCAUAAUGAGCGUCUUAGACUCACUCUACUCUGGUAUCACACUCGACUCAUAGAGCAGGAUGAGAUCUUGUUAUCCAAGAUUGAUGCCCUCGUCAAUGGUUUGCAACAGGCUAUUGGCUGGGAAUAUGCCAUUGCCGGCAUGUUGAGCGAGUCUACCUACACCAGACUGGCCACAGCACAUCUACCAAUCGCUCGUCUGCCGCGGAGGGAAGCCACUUGCGCACACACCAUCAAUCAGGCUCCCAGCUCCGUCUUCAUGAUCAACGACAUGUCCAAGGACUGGCGCUUCAAGGAGUCACCGCACGUGGAGAUCGGUGGUCUCAAGAGUUACGCUGGGACGCAACUGCGACUCCUUGCAGAUGACGGGGAGGAGGUCUCGCUCGGCUCCCUCUGUGUCGCUUCUGACUUCCCGCAGCCCCCUCUAUCUCAAGCGCAGAGGGACUUGAUUGUACGUUUCGCCGAGCUGAUUAGCACGGCUAUUGCCAGCCAUACUCGGGCACGACGACAAAAGGAUCGAGAAACAAUGGCCGAGUUGAUCUCGACCUUGGAGAAAGAAGUAGAGCUGGACUAUGAAAAGAAUGCCUUAAAGCUAGUGAAACAGGCAUAUCCGAGUGCCCAGGUCACCCUGCAAGCAUCAGACGACGGAACACUAGCCAUUGACGGCCGAUCACCACUAUCCUUUUCCGAUGUCUACGAAGGCCUUUGGGAGGAUACAAACUUCAUUGAACAAACAAUCAACACUUCUAAUCAUGCCGAGCUUCGGUCAGGACAGACCGUACGUGCUAUUGUCGCACGCUGUGGUAGCUCCAACAAAUAUCUGGUGGUGGCGUCGACCGAUAUCCAUUUCGUUUUCGACGAUUUUGAUGCGUGGUAUGUGACCAAAGCAGCAUCAAUCAUAGCAGACACCCUCCAACGUCAGUUACUCCAACAAGCUCUCGAAGCCAGAGAGACAUUCUUGCGUGGCAUGACUCACCAGCUGCGGACACCUAUACAUGGAAUCCUUGGUUCCGUUGAGCUCCUUACUGAAGAGCUAGCUGCUGCGCGCUUCCUCGAGAAUGGUUACAAGGAUGAUGGAAAGACUACCACUACUUCACCAUCAGCAUGUCUUACGACUAUCCGAAAUUCUGGCAAAGAGCUGAUGACCACUGUCAACAACAUUUUGAAGCACAACACUUGGACCGACGCGCUUCGACAGUGCCAACCCGGACCAUACGAUAUACGACAAAUAGAAAACGAUGUUCUCCCCGAAAUACUGGCACUUCUCCCUCGCGAACAGCUAAGAGGUGUCUCAAUCGAUUUUCGCUUCGAGGUGCCCGAGGAUCACUGUAUCAUCACUACAGACGUGCAGAUGUUGAAAGACUGCGUACAAGCUGUUAUCUUGAACGCAAUCCAGUCAGUUCAAGGCAAUGAUUCUGGUGUCGUAUCAGCGUCCUUCCGGGUCACGACUGAUUUCUCCUGGCUACUUGUCGAUAUCGUGGACAAUGGAGUCGGAAUAGACUUCAAAGACCACGCCCGCAUAUUCGAGCCGUAUGAAAAGGUGGAUAGCCACAAACCAGGAGUUGGACUAGGGUUGACAUUGGCCAAAAACAUGGCUCACCUUCUCAAUGGCAACGUCAAAUUGGUUUCGUCUGCACCCAAAUUCGGGUCUCAUUUCCACAUCGAGUUCAAAAACCCAGACAUUGCAUGUCUGCAUAAAAAUUCCAAGUCACCGGCGCUAUCCUUGGACCAUAUUCCUCGGCGAUUCGCUGUCUUGCGCGCCGGAAAGGCUGCAAAUCAUUUCGUUGACCAUGUAGUCGAGUAUUUGACCAGAAAUGGGUUCCAGCUUGGCAGCAUGGCAGACGCUCCACUGAUUGUCACCAAUACAAGGUCGAAACAGACAAUUGCGCAACUCUUCAACGAGAAUCCUCGAGCCGCUAUCCUCAGCAUGCGGCCCAAUGACUGUGUUGACAAAUUAGGCGGUCACCCCGGCAUUAUUGCAAUAUCAGGUCCGCUCCACACUCAACAACUUGAUCGAAUUUUGCAGCAAGCCGAUCGACUGUACAGAGAUUCAUCCAAACCCGAGGCUGAGCAUCUCGUAGAGUCCACAGAAACUAUCAGCCAACCCAAGUCGGAUGAAAUCCAGGAACCGGAAGUGCCCGAAAUCUUGAAACUGAAACAACUAGGCUUGGAGGGCACGGUGGGAAGCAAUACAGUUGAUACCCUUCCACUCAAAGCACUUCUCGUCGACGACAAUCUCAUCAAUCUCCGAGUCCUUCAAAUGUAUUGCCACAAACGAAAAAUCCCAUACAUCACAGCCGAGGAUGGAAAUCGGGCCUGUCAGAAAUAUAGGGAAGCCGCCGAGGCCAAGGUACCAUUUACUCUGGUUCUCAUGGACCUCCAAAUGCCACACUGUGAUGGUAUACAAGCUACCACGGCAAUCCGUUCUUACGAAACUACACACGAAAUGAAGAAAUCCUCCAUUUUCAUGGUGACGGGUCAAGACUCGGUAAAUGACAAGAUAGCCUCCCAGAAUGCUGGUGCAGACGAGUUCUUGGUGAAACCCGUCGGCCCUCGAGAUUUGGAUACAUUUAUUAGACAAUAUUUCAGCAAUUAUAUACCCACUUAA